CCUGGUUGCUGCAUUCUUCCGAAAAUGGAAAAAUAAAAGUUGCAAUAAAAUUCUCAGUGAAAGCCCCUGGUUGCUGCAUUCUGCCGAAUCCUUCUCCAACAAACCAAAAACUCACCCACGCAGAUUCAUUUCCCAUAUCCAUAAACCAUUUCCAUAAUUUCCCCCCGUCUUUCUGUCAUCAAAGAAGGAAUACUGCCUGUUUCCUCCAUUGAUUCUUCUUCCUCCUCCUGCUCCCAAUUCUACCUGAUCUUCUGCUUCCAGGUUUCUAAUGACCCCUGUUCUCCUUCUUCUUUCUUCCUAUCCGUUUGCAUUCGUCCUGUUUCUUUAUAUAUGAUAUCCAUCGAAUAGCGUUUUAGAGUUCCGCCUCUUUACUUUAAUUUUGAUCGAAAAGGCCGCAACUUUUUUGUUAAUUUGGCGGGUGUUAUUACUGUGUAUACUUGUUUUUCUCUUUCUGGAUUUGGGGAUUCUGAGUUGUUGGCUGCUUUCGCGGAUUUGGUUCUUGGGUUGUGCUUAGUUUGGCUGGUAUAGUAGUUGUAAUUCAGACAAAUGGUUUCCUAGUUUUGCUUGAAAUUUAUCAGUUCUUUCUAAAACAAAAGCUACUGUCUUUUAAUACCUAGCGUUUUGGAUUAGGGCCUGUGGAAUCGGAUUACAAUCGGAGAACAAGGGUCUUCCUUCUUUGAGUUUGGAAGGUAAAAGGGGGGCCUCUGAAGCAGCAGGUGUUUGUAAUUGCAUCUUGUGAGCAUGGCAGAAUCAAUUGCAGCAACUUCCAUCGCUGGGUACAGGCCGUUUGUUUGGGGAUUUUCGGUUAAAGAUCCUUCUUCCUUGAGAAAGCAACGUUCCUACGACUGUAGGUUGCCUCUAACCGAGUUUAUGGGCAGGAAGGUCGUCAAUUUGGCUCCCUAUUGCCUUAAUUCUGGCCUCAGUAACGUUUCAUUGAACACAUCAAUCAAGGCCUUAGCCACAGACCUAAGGAAUAAGGAGGCCUAUGCAUUCAAAGAAGAUGAGAAGAUCCCACGAAACUGGAACCAUGGUCAGGAUACAGAUGUCGACAGAAAACCAGGUCUGUGGCCACCAGAGAAUCGAGCUGACAAUGCUUCCCUGCACAACCCUUUGCUCAGACAAGAAAGAAUGGGCUGUGGUUGGUUAGGUGCCAUAUUCGAAUGGGAAGGUGUCAUAAUUGAAGAUAAUGCAGAACUCGAGAAACAAUCCUGGCUUGCUCUAGCUCAGGAGGAAGGCAAAUCCCCUCCACCUGGUUUCUUACUAAAGCGAGUAGAAGGGAUGAAGAACGAGCAGGCAAUGUCGGAAGUCCUCUGUUGGUCAAGAGAUCCCUCAGAGCUCAGGAGAAUGUCAUCCAGAAAAGAAGACAUCUAUCAAGGCUUGCAAGGUGGGGGUAUAUACCAGCUUCGAGAUGGGUCGAAAGAGUUUGUGAGAGUGCUGAUGAAUUACAAGAUACCCAUGGCACUGGUCUCCACUCGACCUAGGAAGACACUAGAGACCGCAAUUGGCAAGAUCGGGAUCGAGGGCUAUUUCACCGUGAUUGUAGCAGCUGAAGAUGUUCACAGAGGGAAGCCUGACCCGGAGAUGUUUAUGUACGCUGCACAGCUGUUGCAGUUCAUACCCGAGAGGUGCAUUGUGUUUGGCAACUCGAAUCGAAGCGUAGAGGCUGCUCAUGAUGUGAGGAUGAAGUGUGUUGCUGUUGCCAGCAAGCACCCGGUUUAUGAACUUAGUGCUGCCGACAUGGUGGUGAGGAGGCUACAUGAGCUGUCGAUAGUCGAUCUGAAGAAUCUUGCUGAUAUCGAGUCGCCAUAGUUCGGUUCUCCUGAGCCGGAGAUGGAGCUGGAGGAGGAAGAUGAUCUUCCAUCUAGGGCAGUAGGAGUUGAUGAUAUGUUCUGGUAGCCAGCCAUCCCUGAGAAGAAGAAACAAAAGGCAUGAAAAUUUGUACAGUGCCCCUCCCAUUUGUGGCUGUUCAUGUCAAAUUGUUUGCAUUCAUUCAAGGUAGUGUCAUAGCAUUGUCUUCUUAUAUAUCAGCUUGUGAUCUGCUGAUUUGUAAAGGGGAAGAAGAAGGCAAUGGGGGAAAUAGGAAACAGUAAAGGGGGAGAACAGUGGGGAAAUUAUUUGAAGGCAGAUUAUGCAUUGGAUUUUCCUUAAAAGUGUCAUGUACUUACAUGCACAUCUUCUGUACCAUAUUAUAGAUAAUAUAGAUACUACUUUUGU